AGCUUUAUGUCCGAUGGCUUAACCACGACACUACCGAGGACGGUAUAGGCAAGUAAAAAGACUUUGCCAUUCCCACAGUUACCUAUUUCAUCCACGACAAACCACGUAAAACGACAAGCCUUGCCUACAGGUGUAAUCGUUCUACUACCAAUUAGUUAUCUUCUAGACUGACUUGCGGGUAUAAUUUAUCGCGGGUGGCGGCUCGACACAUUCGCCAAUAAACAGACGCGGUCGUAUUAACUUUCCGAAAGUCAACACGCAACUAAAGCAGCCGAGAAGUAAUUAAUAUCGUCACCAUUUCUUCCUGUCCAGAUCAUUUACAGAUUAACUUUCAAGUAUCCGCAACGGGAUUGGGUUUUCCUGAGCUAGUGUCAGGUCAGGUGUGACCGCCAAGUCGACUUGUAUGCAGCAGGCAGUAAAAAGUUUCCAUUAUUCACGUACUGUUGAACAUUAACAGUAAGGCAUAAAACCGGACUUUAAAGGACGCUAACGACAUUCGUUGGUGUUCCGACGCCAAGGGAAGAAGUUGCGGAGUGUCUGUUGUCCCGUUAGCAGGUUUCCCGCGGGAAAGACGUGAAAAACGACAAUGUCGUCUGCGUUUUGGAUUGUACUUCUGCUCUCACACUCUGUCACUGCAGCGCCGACAUCAACACUCGGUAAUGUACCUAAUGCGACUACGACAUUUGGGAAAACACCGACAACUGCAGCUACAAGCACAACAACUACUUCCACCACCACAACAGCUACUUCCACCACCACAAUGGUGACGACAACCAAGAUGUCGACCACAACUACACCAGUGACUACGGUUAAACACUCUGACUGUAUAUUUGAAUCGGCGACACCUCACAUCAGGGACACUCUAAACAGUCUGUUAACUGCUGGUGCCAAGCUUGUGGAAUAUGAUGUAAAAUUCGACGUCUACGACGCCGACGUCCUUACAUCGAACGGCGGCAACCUCUUCAGGCCUUAUCACUGGGUCAGAACGUCAAAUCGACAAGGAAAAACGCUUCUUCUUUUGGACCACAACUAUGACGUGUUGUCGCUGUCGACUCUUCGACUAGGCGUGGAGACAAUGAACGUAACUCUGAGGACGAUCCCUAGAGGCUGCAUCCAUGGCAUGUCGGCAGAAGAGAGAAUGACUGGUGUCCGAGAACUGUUGCUGAACGACUUCAAACGUCCUGACUUUGGUGGUGGAAGCGGGAGUCUCACCAAAGAUAACUUCGUCUGCAAUAUGUACGCUCGGAACGAGGGAGGAUACGCGAAUUUCCUCUACCAGUGUUGCCACAAGGACCCAGAUGGAGUGACGGUCUGCCAGGACAUGAUCAGGAACAUCUGGAUCAACGUCCUGCUCGCCUGCAUCAUCGUCAUCAAGGUGCUGGUCGUACUGUUCAGUCCGUCAUUUGUGCCUGAGGAUUUUUAUAGGAAGAAGUUCACUGAAGCUGACUAUGUGUACCAUUGUCCUGACAAGAAGCAACUGAAGAUCGUUGCCACACGACAUCCAGAUUCAACCAAGUAUCCCAAAAAGAUCGUCAAGAGCCAAUGCCUUUUCGGCAUGGACAAUUUUCAAACCAUGAUUAGUAACAUGCAUGUUGACAAGGUAUACCAGGUCACUUUUGACAAAAUUCACCUGGCUGUAAAGGCCCGAAGGUUGUUGCCAGAAAAGGUUGUUCCUGUCAGUGUCAUUAAGGUGAUCUUUGAAAAUAUCUUUCGGUGUAAACUUAGAAAUCUCGAUCCAUUGAACAAAUGCUGUGAAACGAACAUAUAUCACAAACUGAACCUUGGUUUUAAAGAGAUAUCCUGGUACAAAUGUCUGCGCAUCCUGGCCAAUCUUGUCCUGAUGUUCAUCUUCGUUUUGCCUUGGUUAGUGAGAAUUAUCAUCUUCUACAGCUAUGAGGCGUCUCAUGUGGACGAAAAGCACACUGCAGCGAAACAAAUGAAAGUGAAGACACAAUUUGAAGGCAGCUUCACAAUGUAUCUUACCCCACUUCAUGGAAUCUUCAUCGUGACCUACUUUAUUUUAGUAUUUGACUCACUUUUCUACGGUAUUCUAAAGAAAAAGAUGAAAGACAAAUUCAAAUAUGUCCUGAGGGAGAGUCUUUUGGACAUGCGGGAAAAAUCACGUUUAAAGAAAAUUAUAGCCAAGUUUAAAAGUCAGAAGUCAGAAAAGAUGACCGCGGACAAAAAAAACCUUAAACUGAACAGUCUGGAAAAAUCUAGCAUGUCGAAAUGUGAAAUAUUCUUUCAGAUAGUUAUCGUCCUCAUGUGUCUGACGUCGUUUUGGUCGUCAACGUUCUUGCUUAUGGAGUGUGUUUCGUUUUUCGUCGAACUGGUCGUCUACACGAUGAUGGGAAUAAUCGUCAACGCUGGAACCACGCUCCAGUAUCUCACGGUCUUGUUUCUUCUCUUCAUAUACGCCAAGGACACAUUUUCCUCUGUUCACAAGAAAUACCUGAAUUUCUACAAAGUUAUUUUCAAUUUUCUUCUUACAGAAAAAAACUGGAUAUUCAGACAACUGCACGACAGGUGGUAA